AUGGUCCCUCGAGAGAGUUUAAAUCCAGAAGCUCCCGAGUUCUUUCCGAACUUGCAGGUGCCAUCGAUUUCUUGGCCUAGUUUUCCCACUUUACUCUCUUCUCAACAGUACUACUUCUUCUUCUCUUCUUCUCUUUCACAAGAACUUCAUGACCCACUCCAACCCCUCUGUGUCUAUUACCCCGCUACAACACUUCCACCAACUUCCGUUAUCCCUAGCCAGCUAUUUGGCGCUCCUUUCUCGCCAUCGUUAUCCUCUGAAGCUGAACCAACUCGUUUUAUUGACAUGUCUGAAGAUCCUAACCCUCUGAAAGACCAUGUAGUGCAACAACAACCUAAGGAGGAAGUGGUGACUGGGUCUAAAGUAGCUGAUUCGAAAGGACUUGUUCAAAAGAAGGUUUUUAAAGCGUUUAUAAGUUGUGGAAGAAGAAUUGAUCGUUGCCGUUCAGAUGAGUUGAGAUUACAGGCUUACACAUGGAGGAGGAAGGGAAAAGACAUCGUUGAAGACAACAAAUGUGGCCAUUUAAAGAACCAACGGUUGUUUCAUCCUCAAGAUCAGUACUUUAGGUCUUUACGUAGGAAGAAACCAUGUUGUCCUUUGUUGCCCGUGCGCGUUGAUGGAGAGGAAACCACUGUUAUGAUUCGAAACAUUCCUAGCAAGUACACACGAGAUAUGCUGGUAGAGUUCUUGGACAAUCACUGUAUGUUGGAGAAUCAAAGAGAUAAAGAAGCUGAAAAAGAGGAUGGCGAACAACACAAUAUUUUAGCUUUUGAUUUCGUUUACUUGCCUAUAGAUUUCAAAACCGGGUUGAACAAGGGCUACGCGUUUGUUAACUUCACAAACCCCAAGGCAGCUUGGAAGUUUCUUUUAACAGCCUCUAAUAUGAAAUGGGACAUGUUCCAGUCACACAAGAUACGUGAAGUUGUUGCUGCACGUCUCCAGGGAAAAGAGGAAUUAGAGAAGCACUUCGAAACUAUGCACUUUCCCUGUGAUUCCGAGCAAGUGUUGCCUGUGUGCUUUACACCACCUCGGGAUGGUGUAAUCAAGGGAAAUGAAAGGACGAUAGGGAAGCUUGUCAAGCCUCAAGAAGUUUCAAGUGGAAGAAGAGGCUCCUAUAUCAGAUAA